AUUACCCUUGUAGGGUAUGACUAAACCAAUGGAAUAGGGAUGAAGAAGAUGGGCACGAAUAUGGGAACCCAUUCAUUCCAUUCGCUGAAGCUGUGGAGAAUUAAUUCACAGAAUAGUAGAGUGCUUGUGUUAUAAGUUUUGGGUCUGAUUGGUUGAAGAAAAAGCGACGAUGUGAAAAGUUGAAGUGAUGGAAGAAGGGGAUGAGGGAAGAGAGGAGAAGGUAAGUGGGAUUGGGAAGGUUCCAGAUGAUGUGUUGAUAGAGAUAUUGGUGAGAGGGGGAAUAGGAGAGUGGGAACAGAUAGCAUGCGUGAAUAAGCACUGGGCCAAUCUCCUCAGCUCCCACAGUGAAUGCUUCUGGCAAGCUGCACUUUCUUACCAUUAUCCACUCAUGGCAGUUCCUUCUCUCCCUCUUCCAUGGCCUGGCCCCAUUCCUGUACCCAACAACUCCAAAACCAGAUUCACGGCUUUAUACAUUGCUCAACGCAUUUUUGCUUCCCAUCCUCAAAAUUUGCAGCUGCACCACCACUUUCACGAGAUCGUUGGCCACACUUAUCUCUUCUUGAAACGCCAACUUCAACUUUUCAUUAUGCCUCCCCACAGUGGAAUUCUUCAUGGAACCGUCAUUGAUCAGUUCAUUGCCUGCGGCGAGUCCAGAGACAUCGCCCACCAACUUGCUUCUCGGAUUUGGCUUGCUGUUCUCCACAAUUUGGACGACAACCACCACACAUUUUCCAUGCUUAAACGCCUUGCCCAUGAAGGGGAUCGUGAUUGUACAUGCCAUCAUCUAAAUUGAAAUCACAGGUAGCAAUUUCAAAUGUGUAUAUGUUCUCUUGCUGGCUAUUUGUUAGGUAAUUCACCUGUCAUUAGUACGUUCGUUUGUUAUGGUCAUUUCCCUUGAAUAGUUUUAGUUGUUGUUUUGAGCAGGUUUUUCUUCCAUUCCCUUACACCAGAUCAUUAGAAGUACAGUGGAGGGUGUUUGAGAAGCUUUUUACUGAUUUUCGUGAUUGCUUCAACCAAUCAGAUUAUUAUGAUAUGUUGGCAUGUGCCAAAAGCAGGUUUCAGCAUAUACCAUCUUCUUGGUUAGGUUACUAGCAAAUACUAAUCAACCUAACCUUUCUGCUGAUAAAAUGGGCCUUUUUCUUUUGGAAAAAAAAAAGUAUAUAUACCUUCAUUCACGUAUCCCUAGAAUGAACCAGCUCUGAAAUCCCAAUGAAUCACAUCAAACGCUUUUGCUCCCAUUUUUCUCUUGGUGCGUCCUUCGAUUGCAAGGGAAUUGUACUAUUAUAUUUAGAACUUCAUUUAAAUGUGCUAUUGGAGUAGACAAAUUUUCUAACAUAUCUAAUGAUUUGUAGUAAUUGGAACUCUUGAGUUGUUUGCUUCUUCGAAUAUUUAGUUUGUUGGGUGAGAAACUUUUGUUGAACUAACAUUGCAUUUGGGAAUUUAGCUCUAAAA